AUGGAACUAGCUGAACAUGUUACUUUUCCUGGGUUCAAUAUUCCUCAGAACGCCUUUAGUAAACCUAUUCUUAUCAUAUCUCGCCACAACCUGAAGCUAUCCGAACUUAGUGGACAUCUCACAUUCCAUUCAUACCAUACAGCCUUGGAGAAAUUUAUCGAUUCCUACUGGGAUAGAGGUUUCCUGGAUCCAUCUCGCUUUUAUUGGGACCUUGGGAUCCAAACAGGUUCGAACCUUCCUGGCACAACUACACUACGAAAAUCUUACUACUUGCGGCAAUGGACUUCCUUCUUUAACCAUAGUAACACUGCAUCACGCUCUAAACCAAGAUUUUACACCUUUACUAGGACUGAUGUAGGAUCUGCUGAGCUUAAGCUUCGCUACAGCAACCAGUUCUAUUAUGCUAGGAUUAGACAUGUCAAAGCCUAUAAUACUAUUAAAGAGAUUACUUAUGCACCUAUUCGUGGAUAUGGACUCUUUACAAACCCUCAACUGGAACUUCUUGGUGCCACCCAACAAUUCCUAAAUAAACUCAAGUUCAGUGACACAGGGCGUACUGAGCAAACUAUUGUCUACAUUAAAUAA